CUCAACGCGCGCUUGCUCAGCAUCAGCGAUGAACGAGUGAUCCCCCGAGUGCGAAGCCCGACCAGUACUUCCCCGACUGCCUCUUUGAUUCCGAUGCAUUCACUAAGUUUGCCUCUUGCAGGGCUAUAUAAAGUCUGCUGAGAGUCGAAUAUGUCACAGUUUCACCUCAGCUGCUUCCUUCGAAGCAUCUUAACUCUAGACACAGUCCCAGUCUUUAGACACUAUAAUCAGUAUUUCCAGAUUUUUCAAGAUCGAAAAUGAAAACAAUCCUAUUAUUGUGUGCCUUGGUGGCAACAGUCCUUGCAAAUCCCGGUCCGCAGAAUCGUGGUUCUAUUAGUGCUACAGUCAACAAACCUAUGAGUGGACCAGAAAGACGUCCAUCAUAUAACAUCAACUAUCAACAUAAUAUCUGGAAGGGAAAGAACGGUCAGAUCUCAGCUGGUGGUGGUGCUCAGAAGUUUCCAGGUCAAAAAUGGCAACCUCAUGUUGGAGUGCAGGGGACCUGGAGGUUUAAACGUGAAGCUGUACCACAAGGUACCAUCAGCGCUACAGUCAACAAACCUUUGAGUGGACCGGAAAGACGUCCAACUUACAACAUCGACUACCAGCACAAUAUUUGGCAGAACAAGAACGGUCAAAUUAGUGCCGGCGGUGGUGCCCAAAAAUUGCCUGGCCAGAGAUGGGAACCCCAAGUAGGAAUUCAAGGCACCUACCGCUUCCCUGGCUAGAAUAAAUACUCGACUAUUUAUCGAUGUUAUUUCAAGAGAAAGAUGUAAUAUUUUUAAAAUAAU